GGGGCUUUGAACACUAAAAUAUACACAUCAUAUUCAUACGCAUUUUAGUUCCCGAAUACAAUUAUUUGUAGACGCUGUAAAAAAGUAGAUGUUUUGACAAUAUGAAUAUAUAUUGUACUUGAACACAUGCAUGGCUGCUGCCAUUCAAAACAGGAAGGCCUAAAUGCAUGAAGUCAGACGACGCCACUGCAAAUUCAGAAUCUGCUACGUUAGAGCAGGGACGUGAGAGAGCUUAAGAGGUCAUGCUUAAGAGGGUCUGUAGAAAUGGACAACUGCAGGUUUACCACUUGGAAUGGUAUUGAUAGCUGCACACCGGAGCUCUUUUUCAAACCUUCCUCAACAGAAGAACUUAGAGAGAUUUUGAUAAAAGCCAAGUUAGCAAACCGCCGGGUGAAGGUAAUUGGAAGCGGUCAUUCUAUGAAUCGUCUAGCUUGUACCGAUGGAUACAUGAUCGACUUACAGGAAUUCGACAAAGUUAUCAAUGUAGAUUCUCAAAAUUUGACAAUAUGUGUGGAGGCUGGGAUAAAGCUCACCCGUCUAUGCGAAGAUGUCUUACCAAAACAAGGCCUUGCUUUGUCUGUGUUAUCAGUUAUUUCGGACCAGUCUCUCGGUGGAGCGAUCUCUACAUGCACACACGGCUCAGGUCUACAUUUUGGGAUAAUGGCCUCUUACAUAAUAGAUAUGAAGAUCAUGACGUCAUCUGGAGAGAUAAUUCGCUGCUCCAAGGAUGAGAAGCCUGAGCUAUUCAGUGCUGCGUGCUGCGGACUUGGGGCCCUCGGUGUCAUCUUAUCAGCCACUAUCCAGUGCGAAAAGGCGUUCAACCUUCACGAGACGACAACGCCGAUACGAUUUGAUGAGAUGGUGUCCAAGAUGGACGAUUAUCUCCAAUCGGGAGAUCACGUACAGUUCUUCUGGGUACCGAACACGGACCACGUUGUGAUGUAUUGUGCAUUACGAACAGACGGACCCGCUACAGCGCCCCCUACGCCAUCUUGGUUCUGGAACUCACUCGUCGCAAAUCAUCUCUUCCAAUCCUUGUACUGGAUUAGUGACUAUUUUCAAAGAGCGAUUCCUUGGAUUAACUGGGCGUUUUACCAACUGUUCUUAUCGCGUCUGUCGUCACGGGUGGGUGCCAGUCAUCGGAUGUUCACCCUCUUUGUACCAAUGGGAGCGGCAAACGAAUGGGCGGUACCACUGUGAGUGCAUAUUCUCAUCGCGAACUAGUUUCCAUUAACAAGCAUACCAAGCAUCCACUUCGAAGACGCCUUCUACAACGUUCAGAAUGUAUUGAAAAUGCCUGUCAUAUGACAACGGACAGAUUAGAGGUCAUUGUCGAAAGCCUGGUGGACCGGGACAUCACAUCGUCUUUAGAUUCGAACUAAAUAUGUGCAAAUAUGUCGCUUGUCCAGCGUCCAGGACGACACUGCUGUUUUGAUUAACCGAAUUUCGACAAUUGAGGCUGCUUUGAUAAAAGAUUUUUAGCGUUAAAGAAAGCGUCUGCAAAGUGAUUGCUAAAAUGCCCUAAUCCACUUUUCGCAACACCAUGCAGUUACUGCUGCAGUCACAUUUUCUCUACCAUGUCUACGGCAGCCGUACGGCAAGUCGAAAACAGCCGUUUUAUUCGUUUAUAUUCAAACCACCUAUACGUAGCAGGUAUAAAAAAAUAAUAAUACAACGGUUGUUUUCGCUGUUUGGCCACCGUAUAUGGCGCGCCAUUUGUUUCAUAAAGGCGAUAAACUCAGUUUAUCGCCGAAAAACCUAGUUUAUCAAUCGAAAAACCUAGUUUUUCAAUUGAAAAACUAAGUUUUUCGCCGAUAAACUUAGUUUUUCGCCGAUAAACUAAGUUUAUCACUUGAAAAACUAAGAUUAUCAAGAAAAACUAAGUUUAUCGCCGAAAAACUUAGUUUUUCGAUUGAAAAACUAGGUUUUUCUUGAUAAACUUAGUUUUUCAAUUGAAAAACUAAGUUUAUCGUCGAAAAACUAAGUUUUUCACUGAUAAACUAAGUUUUUCAAUGAAAAACUAGGUUUUUCAAUGAAAAACUAGGUUUUUCAAGUGAAAAACUUAGUUUUUCUCGAUAAACUUAGUUUUUCAAGCGAUAAACUCAGUUUUUCAUUUGAUAAACAGAGUUAUUUGAUAAACUAAGUUUUUCAAGUGAUAAACUAA